AUCGACAUGAUGUCGAGCAAGCCGUCUGCUGGCCAUGUCGAAGCGACUGUGCUUCACGCCAUCCUCAAGAGACACGCGAAGAACCCACACGCACGAUCCCAGGCUCUAGAUGCUGUGAUGAGUGCCCCCAAUAGCUUCAACCCAUCUUCGAAAUCAAGGAACGCUGCUGUCAGACUGGUCAAGUGGGAUGUUGACAACGACACACCAGCGAUAUGGCUCCACCCAGCAGAGGGCACAAUACCGACGAUGCACUACUACUCCUGGUGUGCCCUCGGUCGUCCAACACCGAGAGAGAACAGGAUCUACGUCGGCAUGAACAACAUCAGCAGGCCGAGUCAUAAGAGGGGCGAGCAUUGCGGGUCGUGUGUUGCCGAUGCAUGGCAGAACGCCAGUCUUUGCUUGAUUAACGACUUCUCGAAGCUAGAGGUGAAAGUACAACAGAAGAAAACUACAAUAACGAGGAAAGUGGGGGAACAGGGCAGCGCGGGUGUAAGGAAAGUGUUGGGGAACCUUCGAGAGUCAUUCCGCAGUCAAGGUUUCAACGAGGCAGCUGAAGGGUCGAAGCAUCCAAAGCCAGCAAAGCCAGCAAAGCGACAGGAUCUAACAGCAGAAAGAGUAUGGAGGAGCUAGACGUGGAACAUCGGGAUUGUGUGCGGAUCAAGUCAGCACUCCUUGAUACCACCAUUUCAAGAGCCGGGAUCCCCUCAUGUAAAACAUACAUAGCUCAGAUGGUCUCAAUCAACUGAACUCCACCAUUCGCCGAGAAAUCGACUGCACUCGCUAUCUCCGGAACGUUGGGCAACAUCGCAGGUCUUCGCCGUGGCGAUGUUGUAACUUAUGCAAUCAUGGCUGGACACGUACUCACUCAGUAUUCGCUCACGAAACCUCCCAGUUUACCCUCGAUAGCCGCUGCGAUAUCC